AUUUACGACAAAUUUUGUUUACGCACUUGAGAGGAAACUCAAAGGCUCUCCAGCCAGGUUUCGGAUCCACCAAUGGCAGGAGUCGAAUGCCAGUUUCCACCACCACAGAUGCCGACGAGCCACUUGAGUACGGCGCACAUUUCCACUCCGGCAAACCGAGUGAUUCUGCCGGGGAUCUCGGCCACUAUUUAAAGACAGCCCGGAGCGCUCGGUUGAAGCACAUUCGCUGCGCAGCCCUCGAGUCGUGAAGAUCGGAAAGCCAAGAGAAUUUUCGGAGUGAACAAGUGUCGAAGAGGCCAAAGUUAGUCUCAAUAUUCGAAAAAUUCAAAAAAUUCAAAAUAUUUGAAGUAUUCAGGAAUUUCGAAAAAUGCUGAAUAUGGAAAGCGCGAGUGUGAGUGCUGCGAUGGCGGGUCUGAGCAAAUCGCUCACCACGCCCUUCUCCAUCAACGACAUCCUAACGCGCAGCAAUCCGGAAACACGUCGCAUGUCCAGCGUGGACUCCGAACCGGAAUCCGACAAGCUAAAGCCCUCCUCUGAUCGCGAGAGAUCGGCCUCCAAGUCGCCGCCGCUCUGCUGCCGAGAUCUCGGCCUCUACCAGCUGGCCCAGCCCAAGGAGAUCCAGCCGAGUCCCAGGCAACCCAGCAACUAUCUGCAGUAUUAUGCGGCGGCUAUGGAUAACAACAACCACCAUCACCAGGCAACAGGCACUCCGAACUCCAGUGCCGCGGAUUACAUGCAGCGCAAAUUGGCCUAUUUUGGGUCCACCCUCGCCGCUCCAUUGGACAUGAGACGCUGCACCAGCAACGAUUCCGACUGCGACUCACCGCCGCCAUUGAGCAGUUCGCCCUCGGAAUCGCCGCUAUCCCACGACGGCAGUGGACUGAGCCGCAAGAAGCGGUCGCGUGCCGCCUUCAGCCACGCCCAGGUCUUCGAGCUGGAGCGCCGCUUUGCCCAACAGCGCUACUUGUCCGGUCCGGAACGCAGCGAGAUGGCCAAGAGCUUGCGGCUGACGGAGACCCAGGUGAAGAUCUGGUUCCAGAACCGCCGCUACAAGACCAAGCGCAAGCAGAUCCAGCAGCACGAGGCCGCCCUUUUGGGUGCCAGCAAGAGGGUUCCCGUCCAGGUCUUGGUGCGAGAGGAUGGCAGCACCACCUACGCCCACAUGGCAGCUCCAGGCGCUGGACACGGCCUGGAUCCCGCCCUGAUCAACAUCUACCGCCAUCAGCUGCAGCUGGCCUACGGCGGUCUUCCGCUGCCACAGAUGCAGAUGCCAUUCCCGUACUUCUACCCGCAACACAAGGUGCCGCAGCCCAUACCACCACCCACCCAGAGCUCCAGUUUUGUGACUGCAUCCUCGGCGUCCUCAUCGCCAGUUCCCAUCCCCAUCCCGGGCGCAGUGCGUCCACAGCGAACCCCGUGUCCCAGCCCCAAUGGCCAGAUGAUGAGCGUCGGGAGCGGAGCAGAGAGUGUUCACUCGGCGGCGGAGGAUGUCGACGAGAAUGUGGAGAUCGACUAGGUUGGGAAUGACGCUUGAGUGGUUACGUUUUUGUGAUAGCCGUAGAAGUUGUGUUUUAGUCUCUAUGUGUAACCAAUAGAUGUCCCAUAGCUUUAGUAGCCUUAA